ACAGCAAGAAAACUAUGCACUCUCAGCGCUCUUCUUCGUUCACACUCAUCCCGCAAACCCAACAUUGCCACAUUAAAAAAAUCUUCUCCUGAAUCCAAAGACGAGUUCGGUUCUGGCCUCCACCUCUCAGCUCUUGACCUCAACCGUGCUUCUUCUCCAGAGGAUUCGCCUGAUGAAGAAGAGGCCACUACUCAGCUUUCUUCGAUAUUGCAUACCCCACCGGAAGAGGGGUUUGGUCCCGAGGAAGAUGAUGAUGAAGAAAAAGGGAGAAGAGUAGUAGAUAUACCAUGGAUACCAGACCUGUCUCAUGGUGAUAUAUCACUUAAACGGAAGGAGGUAUCUCGUGAGAGGAAACAAAAAUGGAUUUUUAAAUACACAAGCAAUGACCGUUUUGACAGGUUGCUUAAAAUGUGCUCAAAUAAACUAGGAUCAGGAACUACCAUUGACUUGUUUGGUUACUUAGGUCGGGAAACAGGUGUUAAAGAGUACAAUGCAUUGCUAAAAAUGUGCGUUAAGAGGGCUAGAGCAACCAACGAUGAAUACAUUUCUAUAGAAGAACUGAGUAAGGCUUAUCACCUUUUCAAAUCAAUGAGGGAAUGUGGUUUUCAGCUGGAAGAGCAAACAUAUUGCCCACUUCUUCGGUAUAUAAUUGACAUGGGUUUGGUUCAAGAAUUUCAACUUUUUUCUGAUAUGAUCAAAGCUGAGAAUCCCAGUUCAACUUCACGAUUGGGUUACUAUGAAAUGAUGCUAUGGCUAAGAGUUAACAAUGAAGAAAUGAUCCGGGAUAUCUGUGAAUAUAUUACAGUUGAAGAUAGUGAUGACACUUCUGCUUUACGAGAAAGUUACUUAUUGGCUCUUUGUGAAAGUGAUCGGAAGGCUCAGAUUUUGGAUGUAUUGAAAAAUAUAGACAUAACAAAGCUAUCAUCUGCAGAAUCUAUAGCAAAUAUAUUCCAAUCGUUAGGCCAGCUAAUGCUGGAAUCUGUUGCGGAGACAUUACUUUUGGAUUUGAGAGCAAGUGAUCUUGAUGCAGAUAAUAUGUCAAACUUCAUUGCUAGUUAUGCUGUUAGCAUUCCAAAUUUAGCGGUUGAGGAUAUCAUCUCAAAAAUCAAGAAUUUGCAUGAAACAUUGGAAGUUUUGCCUUCAUCCUCUUCAUAUGAAAAGCUCAUCUUUUAUUGCUGUGGCUUACACAAGGUUGAUGUAGCUCUUGAUAUUGUUGAUAUAAUGUGUAAAGCAGGCUUUACCUUGACAACUGAGGUGUUACAAUCCAUAUUACAAAUUUGUGAGGAAACUUAUGAAUAUAUUUUGGUCCAUCGAAUCUACUCCAUCAUAUGUCGCUACCAUUUGGAGUUGAAUGGUGAAAUAUGCAGGUGUUUGGUACAAUUUUGUGUGAGGAUAAAAGAUUUUGAAGGUGCAUACAAGAUGAUUGAUAACUUAGAGGAAAUGAAUUUCAAACCGACGCCGCACAUGUACAAUGCUAUAAUGGCAGGAUAUUUUCGAGAGAAAAACAUCAGUGGUGGGUUGAGGGUCUACAAGCGCAUGCAAGAUGCCAAUGUAAAACCUGAUUCACAGACUUUCAGCUAUUUGAUCAUGAAUUGUGAAACGGAAGAUGAUAUAAUCAAGGUGGAAGAAGUUUAUGGUGUGCUGAAAAGUAAGAAGUCUUCCGAGGCACAAGCAUCUGGUGCUAGUGGAGCAACUGGCUCUACUUCAGAAAAGGGUAAGAAGAUGGAUGACAGGAGUAUUAAAGAAAGAUUACAAGCUAAACAAUCUGAGGAAAAGUUUAAGAGAAGCGGGAGUCAACAGAGUUGGGACAAUGAAAGACCUCUUGUGCCCCAGUGUGACAACUGUGGGAGGCAUCACAAGGGCGUUUGUUUGAUGGGUCAAAACGUAUGUUUCAAGUGUGCUAGACCUGGUCACUAUGCGAGGGAUUGUCCCCAGAUCGUGGGACGAGUUGCUCAUGUGCAAGUGGUCUAUGACCCUUCAGCAGCGGCAAAUGUUAGCACUUCGACCCAACCCCAGCUAGAGAGGUUCCCACGCUUGACGGGAG